UUGAAUUUGUCAUAAUUACUAUAUUUCCCCUGAUAAACUAAUAGUUACCCCACUCUGAUCUUCCUCGACUACAAUUCUCGGCUUGGCCAGGCCAAGCCGUUCAGGAAUUAUAGGUUCAGAAAGAAGAGCUCCUCUUCUUUGGAAUGAGAACAAUGCAAGUGUGGUAGCGAAGGAGGAAGAGAAGAGGAGGGAUACUAGGUUUUGGAGAAGAGUGUUGUGGUCUGAGUCUUGGAGAUUAGAGAUGGGCCUGCAUUGUUUGAAUUUAAGGGUUUUGAGGGUGGUGAUUGGGAGUAAGGGAAUUUCUAGGGUUUGGAGAGGGAUCUGGCAGCUUAUGAAGGUGAGUUUUUCUAAGUGUCUUCAGCAUACUAGUGUUUUAGAGAUAUCUUUUGGUCCUAAUAUUGUUCUAUUCAAAGUGAGUUUGCGAGAGAGAAAGCAUAAAGCUUUGGAUGCAUUUUUGAGGAAACGAUUGAAUCCAAUGUUCUUAUUGUCGAAGAAUCUUAGAUUUACAAGUUCAAAUUUUGUUCAUUGUCUUGGAUACAGCUCUUGUAUAAAUUUAGCAUAUCUCUUAGAUUCAUUCUUGCAAUACGGAUUUAGAUAUAUUUCUUCUAUUUUAAUCAAUCUCAUUUUUAAUCUGAGCAUUUUCUGAACAAACUCAUUACUGGUAUAGAACCCACCCCAAAUAAUAUAGUUAUUAAAUUCUCUAUCCGAUAUUUGGUGGAUAAUCUUCUUUUGUAAUAUAUCUUGCUUCUUUAGGAUGUUUUUCUCAAUCUCUUCUUUUCUUAUAUCUUCUCUAUCUCUUCCUUCUAUCAUACCUUUCUUCAUUGAU